CGCGUCUCUCUCUCUCUCUCUCUCUCUCUCUCACUCACUCACACACUCUCACACACACACACACUCAACCUCACACUCACUCACACACACACUCACCCUGUCCGUGGCCAAGGAGCGCACCGCGUUUGCGCGCGCCACUGUUUCGCCACACGGGAAGGUUUGCGGUUCCGCGCGCUGCAGCACGAGCAGAAGACUUUUCUUUUUGGUUUGGUUUGUUUUGGUUUUGUUCUGCAGUACAUUGGCGCUGGCUGUGCCGUUCCUUCUCUUUAUCUCCUCAUGGAUUCAAUGCUGCUCUUCUUUUUCUCCUCCUUCUUCUCCUCCACGGUGUCCGCGAUCGGCCACUUCGCCACGGAAUGCUACACGGUGAAUGGUGAGGAUUAUCGAGGGCAGCAGAAUCAGACGAGUCUUCACGGAGGGAAGCCGUGCCUUUUCUGGAAUGAAACGUUCCAGCAUCCGUACAACACACUGAAGUAUCCAAACGGAGAAGGAGGACUGGGAGCUCACAACUUCUGCAGGAACCCAGAUGGAGAUGUUCAGCCAUGGUGCUACAUUGCAGACCAAGAAGACGGGACAUACUGGAAGUUCUGCGAGAUUCCCAGUUGUCAGAUGCCAGGGAUUCUCGGAUGUUUUAAAGAUAACGGUGAUCCUCCUCCUCUUUCUAAGAGCUACCAGACGUCUCAGAAGCUCACAGUGCAGAGCUGCAUCAGCCUUUGUCGCAACCAGAGAUACAAGCUUGCGGGAAUGGAGGCGGGUUACGCAUGCUUCUGCGGCAACGAGCUCGACUAUCAUCUCCAUGGUGACGCCCCGAGUUUGGAGUGUAGUCACGGGUGCUUCGGGGACCAACAGCAGCCAUGCGGAGGAGACGGGCACGUCAUCGUCUUCGACACCAAAGUUGGAGCAUGUGGUGGAAAUUACACGACUGAAUCAGCUGUAAUCUACUCACCGGACUUCCCAGAUAAAUACGCACCCGGCCGUGUCUGUUACUGGACCAUCCAGGUCCCAGGUGCGUCGGUCAUCCUGUUUAACUUCACUUUCUUUAACAUCAUGGACCAGGCGGAUAUGGUCGAGCUUCUGGACGGAUACACCAAUCAGGUGUUGGCUAGGUUCGAUGGGCGAAACCCACCGCGGGAAAUCGUUAACAUCAGCACGGACUUUGUUAUCCUAUAUUUUUACUCAGACAGGACGAACCAGGCCCAUGGGUUCUCCAUGAUCUAUCAAGCUUACAGAGCACCGAGCGGCAGAUCUGCUGAAGAUGCCGUUACCGGUGAUGACAACAAUGGCGAACAAGCCGCCGGUACCAUAGAUCCACGUGCCGGCAGCAUCACAGAGACAUCAAACAUCAGCAAGAAUGACAAAUCUUCUCAGAUUCUCUAUCUGAUCACAUCCAGUCCCAAAAAGUCAGAAAAUGAAAUGCCGGGUCAGUGGCUCGGUCGGGGCCGGACUGCUGCUCAUAGCACCAUGUGGACCAUUUAUGCGCUGGCUGCCUUGCUAACGCUAACUUUGAUAGCCAUGGUGGCAAAGCUGGUUCUUCAUGUUACAGUAAAAUCUCCCACCAUUCCCUCGGUGAGCAGUUCAGACUCUUGCUCUCAGAGCACCACCUCAGAGCCGUGGAUUAUCUUCUACAGACCCUCCACCAUCUCGCUCUUUAAAAAGAAGCUCAAAAACCAUCACGGUGACCUCAGCCCUCUGGUGGGCAAUUAACCAUAGACACACACAUACACACACACACACACACACACACACACACAGUCAUACAAACUCUACUGGACAGCAGGUAGCAAGUACAAUGGAGCACCUGAUAAGGAACUGGACAUCAACUGACAGCCAAUCAGAUGGUGCCAACUUAUGUUGGGGGUGUGGCCUCCACAGCACAGGACCACGACAAAGCCUUACUCGCAUGUCCAUACGGCCUGAGGAGUUCUGGGAAAAGACUUCUGUAUUCUUUCAGCAGGUUUUAAGGUACACAGAUUCUGGCAGUCGCAGACAGAUGAGGAGUUCAGAUAAGAAUCUCUUGUUAAAGAAAAAAAGACAGAACGUAGCGUAACGUGGAGCGGCUCGCAUAACCGUCUUAACGCCAAUGCAAACAAUCAGCCUUUUCUACCACACUGAGACCUGAUUCUGUUUCAGUCCAUUUUCACCUCAUUCUUUAUGUAGGUCACCUCUUGUUUGGAACAGGAUUACACUUUCUCCAGAGGAGGACGUACAGGAUCAUGAUCCGGCAAAUAAUACAGCAACAAACAGAAGAGAGAGACAGAGAGUGUGUGUGUGUGUGUGUGUGUGUGUAAAUCUGCCAUCGCUACAGCUCGGGCCUUGCUCCAAACAAACUGGCAUUCCAUGUUCCUUCUGGACCUCUGUAAACAGCUUUUCAGUAUUUUUUUUUUCCAUUUGUUGUGGGUUUUUCAUCUUUGUGUUUUUUUUUUCGUGUCUGGUGUCUGUAAGUGCCUUAAGGGUUGGAAAAUUGUUUGUGUGUACAAUUUCUUUCCUUUACUUCCCACAGAGCUGUCUUUAAAGGCAGAGAGAUGAAAGAUACACAAGUUUCCCAUUACCACCACUGCAGCCGAUCAGCCAAGACAUGUUUGUUGCCUGAAGUUUAUUUCUUUCUGGGUUUUUUUUUUUUUUUGCGCCGUAGCUACGAUCUUCUAGCUUAACGUCAGUUGUCUCGUGCAGAAUCGUUGAUGAUGGUUUUUGAUAUUUUAUGACAGACAUUUUUAUGUUUAAAAAAAAAAGGAUGUGUCUAAAGCUGAAAGGAGUCUACAGGACUUUACAUUUACUCAUUGUGGAACUCAAAGCAAAAAGCAUCUCCUUUGGUUAGCGGUUUGAUGCUGAGAGACAUUACACUGACAUUUUUUACUUUUUCUAGUCAUUUUUCGACACAUCUGAGAAAAAUGUUCUUUUCCCUGACAUUUUUGUCUCAUUUUCGCUGCCGUUACACCUUUACACUACCUGUAUAAUACAACAUCAGUGGCUAGAUAGAUAAACAGUUAGCCUCAGUCACUAGCUAGCUUCUAUCAUUGUUGCUGAGCUCUCACAAAUUAAACACAACAUAUCAUUUUUACUGAUUUAAUUAUCGCACAAAUUAUAUCGCUUGGCAAAAGAAAACUAGCGCAAUGCUAAACUGCUAGAUUUGAGCCUAGCUGUUGCGAAAACCUCUGCAUUCACACAACCUAACGCCAUAAAACGUUGAUGCUAAGUGACAUUACUCUGUAAUAUCAGUUAUUUAGUCUUUCUUUCAUAUUUUAUCAACACAUCUGAGGUAAAUGAUGAUCUUCAGCGAGUGAAUCAAUCAACCGUUUCAUUUCACUUAUUAUACCUUAAAUGCUAUCUAGCUAGAUGAUUAGCCUCAGUCACUAGAUAGCUUCUGUACUUGGGGUGCGUGUUUCCCAGCUGCCUAGAAACACUGUCCUACAAAUUUAAGCACUUAAACAGUGAUUAUAUAUCAUAUCAUAUCUUUCCAUGAUAUUUCUGACAGCUCCAAUUUUACUGAUUGUUAGAACAUGUUCAGUUCUCAUUGGUGAUGCUAGUUAGCGUAAAUUUUGUAAUAUUAUCUUUUCAUGGUCAUUUUUCCAAAAUAUCUGCGGUAAAUGUUUAUUUUCCAGACAUUUUUGUCUCACUUCCAUAAAAUACUACUUAGCUAUAUGCUAGCUGUAUAAAUUAUUAGCUAGCUUCCAUGUUUGGUGACAGCCUUUUAGUUUCUGUGUAAAACUAAACAACUUGAAACAGUAAACAGGUCUUGGCUAAUCGGCUGCAUCUGGGAUAAACAGGGACAUUGUGUAGAUUCCAUUUUUGUCCAAAUCUUUUCAGCUUUGUCACUUUAGUGAGUCGCUACUGAAAGCUUGCGUGUGGGAGCCAUGAAAAGUGACACAUUCUUCCAAAACAAUCCUCUCUUUCUCCUUCUCCUCCUCCUCCUUGUUUUUUUCCAUGGGCUCUCGGACGUUACAGCACUUCCCACAUUUUUCGGCUUUAUUCGAAUCAGUGCUGUUGUUCUUGUGUUAACUACAGUGCUGCCACCCGGAGUGUCAGGGUCACGACACAAAAUUCUGUCUAGUCAUGUUAAAUAUUCUGAAAAUGAGCAACAGGGUGAAAGAACAACAGCAAAACAGUCAUGACUACAUCCCACGCCGCAUGCUACUGUAUAAAAUAAUGUCACAAAAUGUGGUUUCUGCCAUUGUGAGUUGAGAUACUGACAUUUUAUAUGCAGUGAUGUUGUGCCAAGCGCGAUUUCAGAUAUUUAUUUUCCUGUGAACCAAAUAGUUUGGAUGAAAUUGUAGAAUUUAUAAAGCGUUAUAUAAUUAAACCUCCAACAUUAAAAUAGUAAACUUUAUAACAAUUCAGAAACAUUCAGCGCCAUGAGCUAGAUGUUUUCUUAUGAUACAAAUACAACUGAAAUUUUAAAAUGACUAUGUUCACAUCAUACUCAUGAAAAUAUUCCAGAAAGUUAUCACUAGUUCAAUGCACUUAAAUUUACUUAAAUAUGGAAUUUACUAUAGUACUGUGCCUGAAUUUGGCCUACAGUGUAUACUUAAAAUUAAACCUCUAAACCUAAAGCCCUUAUUGUCAUAUUGCUUUUAGAUCAAAACUUAAAACAUAGCAAACUUUCUUUACCUUUAUUGGCUGUUUUUCAGUUAACAGCCACACACAGGCUGCAGAUUAUAUUUCUAUUGUUAAUACCCCAAUCCCAACCCUAACUCCAAUCCUACCCCUAUCCCCAAUACCAAUGCUAAACCUCAAAACCCAAUCCCAGCCCUACCUUUAACCUGAAUCCCAACUGCCCCACUUUUAAUCCCAACCUUAAAUCCCAUCUCAACACUAAACCCCAAGAUCAGUCCUCCCAACCCCAAUCCCACCCCUGAACCUAAUGCCAACACCAACCCUAACCAUAAACCCCAAUCCUAACCCUAACCCUAAUUCCAACCCCAACCCUAGUCUACACUGUUAAAGACUUAAAUAUGUAAAUCAGAGCUAUAAAUAUGCAAAAUGAUAAAUCUGCAUAGGAUAUUACAUUACUUUUGUCCAUUUGAACAAUAUUUGCCAUUCAUUGGGGAUACUCACAGUAUAUAUUCCCACUAUAAUCCCAGUAUCAUUUCAGAUACAUUCAGAUGGUGUAUGGAAAUUUUACAGACUUUACAUUUUAGUGCUUAAGGUUGAUGAUAUGUCAAAAAUCAUUCAGAAAAUUCUAUUAUGAUGGCAUGUUCCUCUUAUCGAUACUGUAUAAGCCCCUGAAAAGAUCAGAUCUUAACAGAAGCACAGGCAACACUUGUGCCUCUUGCCUCUUUAAUUGUAUAGAUGAAAUGAUGUUUAAGGAACAAGUCAGUGACAGAAAAGUUAAAUGUUCACAGUUCUCCAUUUACAGCACAUGUAAUCUGUUUUUGCGACUUUGGCUUCUGUAAUUCAGCCACUAUUUUAGAGACACUGUGUGUUUAAUUUCUUACUAUUUUUGGUUGAACUGUUCCUUAAUCCAGCACUUUGUGUACUGAAAAUGUUUAAAUACGUUUAUAGCUUUACCGUCUCUGAAAACAACCCGAUUCCGUCUGAUCUGGGACCGGAUUAGCGCCAGGAAGAGGAAAGCUUGUUUCUGUGUGUGUGUGUGUGAACGUUUUGUUUGUUUCUACCAGCAUUACAUUUUUGUUUAUGCUUUAAUUUUUAAGGAAUUGUCUUCCUACCAAAACUGUACUGUAAUUUCUUUUUCAAGUUAGGUGUGUGCUGAUAUUACAUUUUUAUAUCACUAUCCCAGGCUAAAGGUUUAGCAUGAUUUUGUCUUUAAAAAAAAAACAGCUACAUGUUUACCUUCACCUGUGCUCAUUAGGGAUUACAUAUUUUUAAUUGUACGUCUUAAAUCGUAGAGUUUGCACACUUUUGCUAUUAAAUAUGCAAAUGGUACUUAGGAAUGAAGUGUGGUAGGAACAGUGGAUGCUUUUAGUGCUACAGCGCAGGAGACAAAGAAGUUAGCAUGGCUGUGUUGAGUUGUAAAAUAGCUGGUUCCUGAGGAAGUUCUAGAAGAAAAUUUGAACAAUUUCUGCUAAAAAUAGUUGCUAAUUGUUUCUAUUAUAUUAACUGGAGAAUUAAGACUGAGUCUCGUUCAGAAUUAAGAGCUUGAGAAACAAUUCCGAUUUCUGAAUUUUUGGCUCAUUACCGAUCCAAAUCCUUACAUCAUGAUCUCAGGGGUCGAUGCUAGGUACGUUUUUAUUCUCUAUUUUUAUGUAAGUACUAGUACCAUAAAAUCUAUCUAGCAUUGGGUUAGUUAAGUAUCUAGUUUUAGACGUACACUUAAAAACAAACAGUUCGUAAUGAGCGUAGUUGAUUUGAUGGCACGCUUUAAAUUUGGCCAAAACUGAAGACAGAAGUUAUCUCAGGUUAUAUACAAAACAAAAAACAAAAAAAACAAAAACAACUCGACCCAUUCCUCAUGACUUUAUCAGCACACACCUAAAACACACGGCAUGGAUGAAACACUCGACACGAUGAUGUUCAGAAAUGUCGCAGCACUUAUUUGAUGUGUUCCUUUAUAUGAUUUCUGUGGGAUUUUUGUGGCAUUCCUCCUGCCAACGUUGCAUCUGUGACUAACUGAGUACUUGUCAUUAUUUGACCUCAAACUUUACAUUCUUUUCAGCUUUGUUUGUUGUUUUUUUAAAGAUAAGACGCCAUCGUGUGACUGUUCCAUUUUAAUCGUCCUGGGGAAGCAGAACGCGUAACAGCCCUAACCAUAAUAGUGAAUAGCGAGAUGAAAAAGGGCCUUUGUGUGUGUGUGUGUGUGUGUGUGUGUGCGUGUGCGCGUGUGUGAGCGUGUGUGUGUGUGUCCGAACUCCAGACUUCCAGUAAAGGACUCGCUCUUCCUGCUCUGAUCUCCCAGACGAGUGAACGCCACAGUCCCGCCUGUCAUAAUUACUGCAUGAAUAAAUCCGAGUCAUGGAGAAACUCAUGCAUACAAAAACUCACAGAGAGAGAGAGAGAGAGAGAGAGAGAGAAAGAAAGGAGCACACACUAACCAGAAAACCAAAAGUGACAGCUCCAAUUCAUCAAGGUCACAUUACCGGCGGACGAUAGCGUCCUGCACCAUCCUGUCUCAAUACAUAACUCCCUCUGCUUCAACACAUCAGAUCACAACACAUCAGAUCACAACACAUCACAUCACAACACAUCACAACACAUCACAUUACAACACAUCACAUUGCAACACAUCACAUCGCAACACAUAUCACAACACAUCACAACACAUCACAUCACAACACAACACAUAUCAACACAUCACAACACAUCACAACGCAACACAUAUCAACACAUCACAACACAUCACAACACAACACACAUCAACACAUCACAACACAUCACAACGCAACACAUAUCAACACAUCACAUCACAACACAUCAUAACACAACGCAACACAACACAUCACAUCACAGCACGCCCACAAGGCAGAUCUGGAUCUUUCAGGGAUUUACGAGAGGAAAAAAUGUCAUUGUCGUUCAAAUUGUAAAUAGUGAGAUUUUUAAUUUAUACAGUAAGUUAUUUUGGACUUUAAAAUGGGACAUAAUCUAUCUUUUGUAUAAGUGAAGUACGUUUCUAGUUUUUAUUUAAUGUGUUCUG